CCCACCCUGCUCCCGGGCGGAGGGGCGGGAGCAGCGCGUCCCGCCCGGGCAGAGCAGUCUCGGGCUUGUGCAUCUCUUCAGCAGCGGCGCGGGAAGGAUGCUGGUCCGCAGGGGCGCGCGCGUGGGGCGCGGGAUGCCGCGGGGCUGGACCGCGCUCUGCUUGCUGAUUUUGCUGCCCUCUGGGUUCGCAUGUGUGAACAACACUACCCUAGGAACAGUUACAGGUGUUCCUACAAAUGUAUCCAACAAGGAAUGCACACCAACAAGUACUCUUGGAAGUACCAGCCUCCACCCUGUCUCUCAGGAGAGCAGUGGGACCACAGCAGCCAUCUCAGAGACUCCAGUCAACUUCACAUCUACCUCUGGGCUCACUCCAUUCCCUACAACCGUGAACUCUUCUGUCCAGUCACAGACCUCUUUAACCAUCACAGUGUCUUCCACCACAAUCAACUUUUCAACUACAGAGAUGACCCUGAAGUCCCACACGUCACCUAGAACUGCUUCACCUCCUGCAUACAAUAGCAUGAGUCCUAUGACAUAUCCCACUAAACACUAUACAUCAUUUUAUCCUACCUCAGCUAUCAUCAAGAAUGAAAUCAAAUGUUCCACAGUCAAAGACGUGAAAUUGACCCAAGGUAUCUGCCUGUUGCUGAACGAGACCUCCAGCUGUGAGGACUUUAAGAAGAAAAAUGAAAAGACACUGAUUCGAGUCCUGUGUGAGAAGGAACAGGCUGAGAAUGGGAUUGGGGCGUGUUCCUUGCUCUUUGUCCCAUCUGAAGUUAAGCCUCGCUGCCAGCUGCUGGUGUUGGCCAACAGAACAGAACUUUCCAGCAAGCUCCAACUUCUGAAAAAUCACCAGUCUGAGCUGAGAGGGAUGAGGAUCCAAGACUUCACUGAAGAAGAUCUUAGGAGCCACCAGAGCUACUCCCGCAAGACCCUGAUUGCACUGGUCACCUCAGGGAUCCUGCUGGCCGUCUUGGGCAUCAUGGGCUAUUUCCUGAUGAACCGCCGCAGUUGGAGCCCCACAGGAGAAAGGCUGGGGGAAGACCCUUAUUACACGGAGAACGGUGGAGGCCAGGGCUAUAGCUCAGGCCCUGGGGCCUCCCCUGAGGCUCAGGGAAAGGCCAGUGUGAACCGAGGGGCUCAGGAGAACGGGACCGGCCAGGCCACAUCCAGAAACGGCCAUUCAGCGAGACAACACGUGGUGGCUGAUACCGAAUUGUGACUCGGCUGGGCUGGGCAAGGCUGGGCAAGGCUGGGCAAUGGCCAGGGAAGGGGCCCCUCCUUGCAUCUGACCAUGUGCUGCCUCCAUGCUGGAGGUGCUAUCCCUUACCUUCUACCCUUUCCCACCACACACACCUUCCAAGGCCAUUCCUGGGGCCCUAUGCUGCACCAGGCUGAGGGGUUCUCCUCACCUUGGGGAGAGGCAGGUAACCCCUGCCCUUUACGCAUUCAGCUCCCUGAACCCAGAUUCUGGUCUUCUUUGAGUGGGGGAGUGAUGGGGAGAAGCCAAGAUGCAGAGAAGCUCCCAGGGGGGUUGAUGAUCUUGCAGCAUUCAAGCAUUGGCCACUUCCCUCUCUCUCCUCCUCUCCGCCUCUGUACCGGAACUGCCAGGGGAAAGCAUGGGCUUUUCUGGGCUACAAUUUCCUCCCAGGAGGCUUUGCCUUUUACUGCUUCUUCCUUGUAUUUUCUUUUUCUACUUUAGGGAAACCAAAGCAACCCUUUAUACCUGCUCCCUUGUAAUGAUAUAGCCAGAAGAACUUGUUGUCUUAAACCACCUCCCUUACCCCUCCUCCAAGUCACUGUGGAUUCCAUCACCAGCUUCCCUUUUGCUUUCCAAGUUCCCGGAGCUC